AGCUGUUGAUGGUGUUAGGGUGUCUACGUUUAGAGUCGGAUCGACGACAAUUGAGGAAGAAAACUCGUGUACAGUGCGUGAAACGACGCCGAGGACAGCGUCCAAAUGCAGCUGCGAUUUCCUUGAUAGACAGAUAUUGCACGUGAGAGUGUGAGUGUGAGUGAGAGGUCAAAGUCUGUCUAUUUAGCGACGAUGGCAGAAUUCGAGCUUGGUGAUCUCAUUGGCGACCAAAUUGAAAAGGUCCUUCAGUUCCAGGAUCUCACAGGAAUUGUAGAUCUGUCCGUUUGCAGAGAUGUUUUGCAACGACACAACUGGAAUUUGGAGGUGGCUGUGCAGGAACAACUUAACCUUGACGAAGGCAGACCAUCAAUGUAUGCGCAAGAUGCAAGAAUCAGACCUCCACAAGUUGUUGACGAUACUAGUUCUAGAAUUUAUUUUAGUCCAGCGGGCAGCUCAGGAAGCGGUGGAUUUUUCUCUUACAUAAUGUCUCUCUGUUAUAACGUUUUCACCAGUAUUUUACAACUUAUUUUUGCAAUAUUUAGGAGAAAUGUUAGGCCUGUGUCUUUGGAUCCUGUUCAAGAUGUAAUGAAUUUUAUACGAGCAUACGAGGAACAGUGCGGGACAAGUCACCCUGUCUUUUAUCAGGGCUCCUAUAGUCAAGCGCUCUCAGAUGCAAAACAAGAGUUAAGAUUCCUUCUGGUGUACCUUCACAAAGAUGAAAACCAAGAGAUUGACCAAUGGUGCAGAAAUACUCUUGGAAACUCUGAAUUAGUACGAUUUGUAAAUACUCACACCCUCUUCUGGGCGUGCAAUGUUAAGUCAGGCGAAGGCUAUAAAGUAGCGGAAGCGCUCCGAGCCGGUACUUAUCCGUUUUUGGCGGUUAUUGUUUUAAAGGAUAAUAAAAUGACAAUAGUGGGACGAAUGGAGGGCACCCCGUCGCCAGGGGAACUGACGUUGCGACUGCGAACGAUAAUCGAUCACAAUGAGAUCAACCUGAUCCAGGCACGCCUGGAGCGUGCUGAGCGCAGCCUUACACAAUCACUGAGGCAGCAGCAAGAUCUUGCCUAUGAGGAGUCGUUGCGCGCCGAUCAAGAGAAAGAUCGCAAACGUGCGGAAGAGCGACGUGCUCGUGAGGAAGAAGAGGCGCGUGAAAAAGAAUUGCACAAUGCUCAAGAACGUGAAUUGGAGCGCAUCAAGUUGGAGAAAGAAUUGUCUAUAGGAAAAGUCCCGAAUGAGCCCGCACCUACAGAUCCAAACGCGUGUCACCUGCAAAUUAAAUUAGGCGAGAGGACUGUUAAACGACGAUUUUUGAUGAGUCAUACUAUUCAAGACGUAUAUUUUUGGAUCUUCAGUCAGCCAGAUUCACCGGCAAAGUUUGAAAUAACGACGAGUUAUCCAAGAAGGAUUUUAUAUCCGAGUAUUGAUAUUCUUACCUUAUUGAAAGCUGGACUAACCCACAGAGAAGUUCUUCACGUCAACGACUUAGACGAUUAAAUUAAUAUUUUCAAUUCAAGAGACCACGUAUCAUUCCGUAAAGGGACGAUAAAUAAUUGAGAGACAAUUAUAAAACAAAACAAAAAAAUGAAUAAUAUAUAUUAUAUAUUUGAUACAUUCUUGUACUUUGCGCAGAGUACAAAGUUGAGAUAAAUUUGUUUAAUGAUAUAAUGUGCGCGUAAAAAACUUUUUCGUUUCCUGCUCGUUUGUAAAACUUUAAUGUUUUCUUUUAUGACGCCAAAUGAUGUGUUCUACAAUUUUUGCAUUUUUCAUUAUUCUUUCUUUAUUUACUUUUGUGUGUCGAAUAAGUAAAAAACGUAUUUAUAAAUAUCUUAUUUAAAACAAUCUUUUUGUAAUCGAUGUCAAUGAUAAUUCAAACAAUAAGUAUUUUUGACACAAAAAUAACGAAACGAAAGCAACGCUUAUUUUUUAUCAUCAAUACGUGAAACAAGUUUCUCAUUUUUAAAAUUAUUCUCUCAUUUCUUCGCGUCAUGAAAUAGGAAGUUUAAAAUUUUGAAAUCGUUGUAUAUGCAUUUCGUCAGCCUGGUUAGUAUAUAAGUACUUCUUGAUUUCUUGACUAGUGUCGCACCAUAUUUUUAUUAUUACGUUUUACCGCACGCGAAAGCCAUUUACCAAUUUUCUUUCGAAUUUUCGAAACUGGAUGUCAAUUGUUGGAAAUUGAUUCAGAUGGGAAUCCCUAAUAAGUAUUCUUUUUAUAGUCUCUUUGGAUAUUAUCCAAAAUGUGAAUUUUAUACGGGAGACCAUAGUGAGAGAGCGUGGUUAAAUAGUGAAUCCUGUGGUACUUCUAGUCUUGUCGACUAAGUGGUUGUAAUCAUAACGAAGAAAUUAAAAUGUUAUUAUUUCGAAUGAAAUAAAGAAAGAAAAUGCUUAAUAGUUAUUAUCGUCCAGUACGCGAGGAGACUGAGACAAGAAAUUUUAAUAAAUCUUUAAUCAUUGGGACAUUUGUAAAGUUCAACCAAUUACUAUGGUACCACGAUUCGUGGAAUAAAAAACUGU